AUGGGUGUCGGAGCGUUUAUGGAGCCGCUGGUCGUCGUGACCCUGCUGUUCGGCGGCACUUGGGUCAACCGAAACACAAGAUAUCGCAUCUUCGACCGCAGUAGAAACCACACGAGCUCGCGAUCGACGUCGCCCGACGGCUCUGUCGAGUCUGGCCGCUCCAGCCCGCGCUCCAGCGCAUCGCUGUUGGAUGGCUACCGAGCUUCUUCUCCGUCGCUGCUUGCCGAGCAGGUACCGCACUGGAGGAAACGCGAGGUGCGGGUCUUUGGGUUCCGGAAAGAGGUGGUUUCGCCCAAUACGCGGAGAUUCGAGGACUACUUCUUGAGCCGGCUGCUGCAGAAGUUCCCCUUUCUCGUCGAGGCAUGGUAUUGGGCGUUGAUAUACUGGGUUUACCAGCUCGGACGUGCUUUCACCGCGCUCACCCUCGUCGACGAGACCGUCGACGUAGCCCGCCAACACGCCCUCACCCUCAUCCACAUCGAGCAGCGUCUCCACAUCUUCCACGAGCUCGAUAUCCAGCACUGGUUCCUGCAGCACCCCUUCCUCCUCCACUGGACCAACCGCAUCUACUCCUUCAUCCACAUCCCCGGCACCAUCCUCUUCCUCGUCUGGCUCUUCUACUACACCACCACGCGGAACCACCUCGACCUCCCGCUCCCCAACAAACCCCUCGGGGAAGCCAACGGCUCUCCCGCAGGCCCCCGCCUCUACGCCGCCCGCCGCCGCACCAUGGCCGUCUGCAACCUCCUCGCUUUCAUCGUCUUCACCCUCUGGCCCUGCAUGCCGCCGCGGCUUCUCUCGGACCCCAACGUCCCCGGUGCCGUCGGCAAGGAAGCCCGCGCCUUCGGCUUCGUCGACACGGUGCACGGCGCCGAAGGCGAGUCCUCCGUCUGGACGCAGAACAAGUUCUGCAACCAGUACGCCGCGAUGCCCUCACUGCACUUCGGCUACUCCCUCCUCAUUGGCCUGACCAUCGCCUCCAUCCCGCUUGCCCCGCAGCACCGCCGAUCCCGCUCGUUUGCGCUCCCGCUGCUCCGUCUGCGCGUCAGAAUGCCUGCCCCGCGCCGCCUCGCGUGUCUCGCCAUCGGGGUUGCCUACCCGACUAUCAUUCUGAUCGCUAUCAUUGCGACUGCGAACCACUUCAUCCUCGAUGCGGUGGCGGGCGCGUGCGUGUGUGGCCUCGCCUGGACGGGGAACCGCGUGCUGCUGAAUCUGCUGCCCGUAGAAGAUUACUUUUUGUGGUGCGUGCGGAUCCACAAGCCGGAGCGGAGGGCGCUGUUUCUGGAGGGAGAGGACGAGGAGGGGUCGUCUUGGGAGACGGAGACGGCCAGGGGGAAGGGGGCGCUGUUUCAGUAG